UGAAUGAGCAAUCAUCUAGAAGUCACUUCGUGUUUACUAUGCGGAUUUCAGGUGUUAAUGAGAGCACUGAACAGCAAGUACAAGGUGUUCUCAACCUAAUCGAUCUUGCUGGAAGCGAGAGGCUAUCAAAGAGUGGGGCAACUGGAGAUCGAUUAAAGGAGACACAGGCUAUAAACAAAAGUUUAUCAGCUUUGAGUGAUGUUAUCUUCGCACUGGCUAAGAAAGAAGAUCAUGUACCUUUCAGAAACUCGAAGCUAACCUAUCUGCUCCAGCCUUGCUUAGGGGGAGAUUCAAAAACCUUGAUGUUCGUAAACAUUUCCCCUGAACCAUCUUCUGCUGGAGAGUCUCUUUGUUCUCUUCGGUUUGCUGCAAGGGUGAACGCAUGUGAAAUUGGCAUACCUAGGAGACAAACUUCACAGAAGCUCCUUGACUCUCGCUUAAGCUAUGGCUAAAAAAUGUUCAAAAAAUUCUGCCAAUUAGUAAUUCACAGCUCUUCUCUUGUGGGUUUUUGACACAUCUAUCUCUUGUAACCUCUCAAAUCCAUUACUAACAUUUAGUUCGGGAUCUUUAUGAUUGUGGAGCAGCUUGCUGUCUUAGCAACGUGGCUUUCUCCAUGUUGUAUGAGAAACAUGAUCAUCUGCUAUUGAUUGUUUAAUGUAUUGCUUUCAGAAA